AUGGGCUCGAGCGCCGCCCUGGCUCCGAUGCUUUGGUCCAGUAAACAUGCAAGACAGCUAGAAGCUGACACACAGAAAUUUUCUGUCUUUUUCCGAUAUAAGGACCCUAACUGGCAUCCUUUCAAGACUCAGCUACAGAGGCAUGAGAUACAAUUCAAAGUUGGCACCGAGAUUGUGAUCGACUCUUGCUGCACGACAUUUGCGGAGGUGCAGAAGAGGAGAAAGGAUUUUUGGGCAGAGUUUGAACUAUAUGUUGCUGACCUUCUUGUUAGUGUAGCAGUUGAUAUUGCACUUGUGGGGCUGCUGGCUCCAUAUGUGAGAAUUGAGAAGACAUCUGCUUCAACGGGGCUCUUUGGAAGAUUCAGCAGGAUGGCUGGAUCUUUACGAAGCAUGUGA